AUGACGGAUAGAAAUUUACAUCAGAAAGAUGUCGUGAUGGAAAAUACAAGUCUUGUAGAGUUUCGGUUGAAAUCAAUUGAUUUGCUAAAUGUGGAGAAGGUUAAGAAGAUGAAUGAGAAUAGGAAUGAGAAGGUGAUUUUGAUUAAUGAUGCUCAUCAGGUUAUUGGAAAGAAUGUUAAUGGAAAGGUUUCGUAUUUGAGUGAAAUGGAAAGUUUGAUAGUGAGAGCAUCAAGUUGGGAACCAAUUAUUUUGGAAAAUUGGAUAUAUGCUACAGAAAUGUAUCCUGCCUUGGAUUUCUUAUGGAAUUGUGAGAGAGUGAGAUGUUUCAGUGUGUCUGUGAAUGGAAAUAUUUCUCUAGUCACUGAAUCAAACUCAAUUUAUAUAUUUGGAAAUGUGGAAAAUUUUAUUGGAAAGAAGUGUGAAUUCAGAGGAGAGUACGAGAGAGAUGGAUUGAGAUUUGUUCGAUUGAGGCCACCAAAAUUGGCCUGCACAAAGAGUCAAUAUUGUGAGAAUGAAUUUUCCACGAGUAAUGACUUUCAAAUCACUCAGAUAGAAUGUGGAAUUUCACAUGUUAUUGUGCAAUGUAAGAAUAGAGAUAUUUAUGUGGUGGGAGAAAAUUCUGCCAUGCUCAUUGGAUUGGAACAUCGAUCUCUGUAUAGAAUGUUAACUCCUCUUAGAAUUUCUGUAUUGAACGAUCUUGAGUAUGUGGUGCAAAUUGUUUGUUUGACAUCUUGCACUCUUUUCUUGACAAGUGAAGGUCGCGUCCUAUUUACUGGAUCGUUUAAGAGCAAAUCAAAUGGAAUUGAAGUAUUUAAACAACUAGUGGGAAGAGUUUCUAAAAUUUCAGGAGAAUCUUCAUAUGUCGCAUUCCUAAUGGAAGACAAUCAAACAAUUUGCUUGUUUAAUGUAUCUCUACGAUUUGGAGAAAUGAUUUUUGAAACAAAUUUGGAAAAGGGUCAAAUUGCUGACAUUAAUUGUUCUUCUUCUGGAAUUGAAAUAUUAACAAGUGAGGGAGACAUUGAGAAUAUUUGCUUUUCCCACCAAGGAAUGAAAGAUAUGGAUGAAAACUAUGGAAUGAUUCCAACAAAGGUGGUACCAGUCACUGUGAAAGAAUGCUACAAUAUUACACCUUAUUAUUUCGAACACACAGAAAGUGACCUCUCUCCAAUUCAUCCCUGUACAAGAAUUGCCCAAUUUCUCAUUUACAAUCAAACACCAUCCUACAUUACAAGUAUAGAAACAAGAAAUGUCAAAUAUUUCAAAGAAAAUUUACAUUCAAAUUUGAAAUCCCUCUUAGAAACCUUCUCUGAUAUAUCACUUUCCACAAUUUAA